AUGGUUGGAAGGAAUGAUGCCGCGAUAGUUGUUGAAUUGGAAGCAAUGGCUCAAGCUUUGGAACAUCAUCUGAAUGUUGGAGAGAAUGCUGCUUCUCGCAAUUUGGCUACCUUCCAAAGAGAGAAUCCACAUGUGUUCAAGGUAACUCAUGAUUCUGAUGGCGCAUUGACAUGUCUAAAGGAGAUUGAGAGAAUCUUCCGUGUAAUGGAUUUCACUCCUGAUCAGAAGGUUCGGUAUGGGACUCGUAUGCUAGCAGUCGAGACUGAAAAUUGGUGGAUAGAGACUUGUAGGAGGUUGGAAGCUAGUGGGGAGGAGAUCUCUUGGGUUGUGUUCCGCAUGGAGUUCUUAAGGAAGUACUUUCCUAAAGAUGUUAGUGGCAAGAAGGAAAUUGAAUUCCUUGAGCUAAGGCAAGGGAACAAGUCUGUAGUGGAUUAUGCUGCUAAUUUUGAAAUCAAGAAAGCGGUUAGUUACCAGAAGAUUCGUGUCUUUGCUGAUUUGGUUGAUAGAUGUCAGAUUUGUAAGGAAGACAACAAUGCUCAUUAUCGGGUUAUUAACGAGAAGAGGGACAAGAGUCAACAAGGCCGUGGUAAGCCUUAUGAAGCUCCAAGUGGAAAGGGUAAGCAUAAAGUUACUGAUGGCAAGAGAACUAGUGGGGGAGAUGCUCCUACUGGUGUUGUGUGCUUCAAGUGUGGCAAGGUUAGUCACAAGAGCAUUGUAUGUACUGCUGAUGCUAGGAGAUUUUUUCGUUAUGGUGAGGUUAGACAUAUGGCACCUGAGUGGUAG